AUGCCUACUGCUGACUGGAAUUCUCGGGCCAGAGAUAACAAGGAGAGACAGCAGCAGACGGCCAGUGUUUCGUCUGCGCUGGUCUCAAAAAGGUUUGUCUUUCUGCAGAAUCUUAAGAUUUAUCUCUCAACUAAUGAUAGAAUUAAUGCUUUUUUAAAGCUGACUGACAUCCCCAGGAAUAAAACGCUGUAUCCGAUUAAAUCAUCACUUCCUCCUGCUGCUCUGGCAGGGGAAGUACAACGUACCUCGUCACCGGCUCUCUCCACUAGCUCUACGGUCGACGAAGGGACUAGAAGCUCAACUCCUGUUCUACCCCCGAUUCCACAGCCAACUUUCAACGGUCAUAUCGUAGAUCUUGUCACACGUACGCCCCCUCCCGUCAGUACAACAGAGCAAUCGAGUUACUAUACAGCCAGCUGGGGAUCCCCAUAUCGCAAAUCACCUACAUCUAGGUUAUUACUUCACGAUCACGUUCAAACGCCACUGAGCGAAGCUUCAAGCGAUUCUCCUAUACACCACCUAGAGUUUCAUACGCCAUUCUUAAGACCUGCGCCUACCAUAGGUAAUCUAAAUCCAGAGCAAGAAGUUGUUGCCCAGGAAGGAGCUAUCAGUGCUGCAGUUCUUGCUAAUAGAGCUCGAAGAGGAAAGACAGGCUUAACUGAAGAUUGGAUAAGAAAACAUACAGGAGGUGAAUCGGCUGAGAGAAAUCACUGGCUUAGCGACGCAGACUCGAGCGGGGACUCUUCAGGAAGUGGCUCAAUAUCUGAUCCUUUUAACUGGGCUUUAUCUGAGGAACACGAUAUACAAACACCGACUGUUGAAACCUAUAUGGAAGCCAAAUUUGUAGAGGCAUUAAGGAACGGCCACCGGCGCCAAUUAACUGCUACAACGCUACGUCAAGAGGAUUUUGAUCCGGCUUCUGAAAGUUCUAUCAACAUGGCUAUGUCCUUGGAAGAAGCUGAAAUGACAUCCACCAACGAAAAAGAUAAUCAGCCCCCUAGCCCAAUAUCAAGGGACCGACGCUCUGAUACUCCAGCUUCGCUACUUGAAUCUCCUUCGUCAACUCGAUUAGCAUUGGCAACUACACUUCCUCAACGAGUGAAGAAAAAGAUAGCCUGGAAGGGAAAAAAUAUAUUGGUUUUGUUACCUCCUCCAUGUGAUGCCGAAGGUAACUCUACGAGCAAGUUGCCCAUGUCCGAAAAAGAUGUCCAGGAGAUGUUAAGAAAGUGGGAACUAAUUGGACACAAUACCAGAGGGUUUGACUUAGUUCUUGGAUUAGCGAUCGGCGAGGAAUCUGCACCCGGUCAAAGUCGCUCAAGCUGGCCAUCAGAAGAAGAUAUGUGUGCCGAAAGACUGACAAAAUGUAUCAGAGUUCAAAUUCCUGAUAAAAGAGAGUGGGAUAUAUAUGUUCAAGAGCUACAAGAAGCCAAAUUACGCGCUCUAGGGGUAUCGCUUGGCGAUGAUGACUUGGCCCCUCCAAACCAAGCUGCCUUUCCAAGUUUGAGUCGUCAAACUUCUUAUCAAUAUCCUUCUCUCCCAUUCUCUCCGCCAAUUCCCAGCUCAUCAGCUGGCAGCGGUCACGCGCAUCCAAAUUCUUUUUCCCCAAUUUUCAUGCCAGGAACCGGUUUUACUGCUAACCAAGGCUCAAAUACGGGCUCUAAUUCUCCUCUAAUGAUAAAUGCGCCAAUAAAUGGACUGAUACAAGGUAAAUAUAAUUCACGUCAUUCAAUUUCGUUUUCGGCCAAUGAGCAUCCUUUUGGUUCUCCCUUUCAAUAUCCCCAACAGUCUCCAAUGAUUUGGUCUCCGGGUCAAAAGUUUCACCAACAAGGUAGUAAUGCUAGAGGUCGGUCACCUUCGCUUCACAAUAUUGGCUCUGUCAUGUCACCUGUUUCCCCUUUCCCGCAAGACAGCUACUUUCCUCAAAAUGUCGAUAAUUCAUUGUAUAAUCAGCAGCGUCAAAAUUUACACCCGUCACAAACUUCCCAGCAGCAGCUGCAGAUAACUUCAAGUCAAGCUUCUCCACGACUGCAGGAACUCAAAGAACGUGAGGAUGAGGACGACUUAUUAAUUCAAUAUCACCCAUCAAAAACACCCGAAUCAAGUACGCAAUGUCCCAAUGCCGUUACUGGGCUCAAAGAAGAUGUUGACGAGGCAGAAUAUCACCUUGAGGAACAAAUUCAGCGCGAACUUGAACACGAAGAUUAUAGCCCGCACUCUCUGAAGGGUGAUGUUCCAAAACUAUCAAGCUCUACAGCCCAUGUGCGACACAGCUCACUUAUUACUGGCGGCCUAGCUGCUUCAAGAUAUGCGACUGAGCUACCCGAAGAAGGUCCGGUUCUUCAUCAUCCUCAGCCUUACAGCAGGGGUCACACACUUUCUCAAGUAACAUUCCAGGAUAAAGUUGAAAAUCCCAACGAAUCUAAAGAUUUAAAACAAUCUGGAGGUACUAGAAAGCAGGACGAUCUGCCUGAUAUUUGUUCAAGCAACCUUGAAACGCCUACAUUAAAAGCAUUGACUACUUCCGGACAUAGUCAAAAGCUGUCCUUGAGUAAUAAUCCUUGGAUCAGGGAGAGCCGAGAUGUAGGCGUUGAUCAAUCUCACCAAACGCGUGGUCGCUCGAAGACACUAGCUUCAAAACUCAACGUUACGGCCAAAGAGUUUACAUUCAAUCCUUCUAGCUCUUUCACACCAAUGUCCGCGCUUCCCUCGUCCAUAAAACCUCACCAGAACCGACCAUUUAUUCCGAAUAAAUUUUCACCCUACAUGAAUAAUAUUCUUCCUCCCGGAGGUGUCCCUCCCAUUCAGGCUAGCCCUAGGGCCAUACCUAAUUCUUGUGCCAUCCCAAGAGGCCAACUUGAUCUCACAGUCCCUACAUUUAACCCAAGAAACAAUGAAUUUAAUUUCUCCACUAUAAUGCCUAAUUCAAUUCCUAGCUUUAACCCUUCUAUUACUUAUACGAACCAAUCGUCAAAUCAUCCACCUGUUUCAGCCGUAGUUGAUGUUGAUAGCAAAGCAAUUUUUAGCAACAUUGAUCUGAGUGGGCUUGAGAAUACUAAACCUAUAAAAAAGUCGAGAGCCAUACCUAUCGUACGUCCUGGUGGUUCCAAUCCUAGGGCUGUAGAGGAUGAGGUGGUGGAAGGAGUUGAUGGACGUAUUACCCAGGGUGAGGGCCGGGUCAAGAGAGUUCGCGGUAGUAGGAAUGACCAGAACUCUGUACCGUUAUUUGCACCACUUGAUAAUCAGCACAAAGAUGCAGAAACUAACCGAGCUAGUCAGGAUAAUUUGGUAGUUCCUAAUUCGGAAAAGAACAUGGAACUACCAAUUAACGCCAGCCAAAAGGACGAAAUCGAAGAUCAGUUACAACCGAAAGUUGUCAGCGUCGAGCUCAAAGUAUCAAAUAACGAUCUUUGUCAGUUACCACCUGAAGAAGAGGAUACCUCCAAUCUUUCUACUACGCUACCUGAAGAAUUGAGAAUAUCUAAGACGGAUGACAUCAUUCAAGAGCACCGAGAGAAAUCCGAAGUAGAAGAACCUCAGUAUAUCGAAGAACUACUGUUAAAUAAAGACCAACAGAAUAUUACACCGUUGCCUGAAAAGGCUCAGUUGUUCCAUCUAAAUUCAACUCCGAAAUCCUCAGUAUUGAAAAAAACAAGCAAACAAAGCCCUGUAGCAGAUGAAUUACCAGCCUCAAUAAUGCCCCGAAUUCCUUCUUUAACCCACCAUACUUCAUUACUCCCACAUCUCCCCCCACUUCCUAAAUUAGUUGGACUGUCAGGAUCAAGGUUUGCAAAAUGUUCAACUCCAUCGGAUGAAGCUAACACAGAGAAAAAUAAUGUUGCAACGAACAAAAUUGGCAGCCCUAGUAAAUUUUUAGUUUCUCAGAUUAACGACAUUCAAAAAAAUCUUUCAUCAGGAGAAGAAAAACCGUCUCAUGAUGAGAAGUCACACGGCAAAAUAGUUAACUACAGCGAAGCUCCAUACAAUGACAUUGAUACUGUUGUUGACCACAACGGAGAUCAAGUUGCAGAGUCCUUCAAUCCUGUUAAACAGGUGGAAAGUGAAGCCCCAAAACAUCAUGAACCAAAUCGGGUGCGGUGCAUCAAGGUUCCUGAUCUUGACUCCUCACCACCUGUCCGACCUAGUUCCAACCACUCCUUUCGUAGUGCUGCACCAAGUCCAAGUCCCACAUUGAAGCGCAACUCACAACCUCAGAAGAAAUGUUCUCAAAAUUUACAGAAUAGUGAAAUGAAUAUCUCACCUACCUCUCGUCCAGCUCAGAUUGAAGACAAUUUACUUGUUAGUGAAUGGGACUGUGCUUUAAGUGAAGUGGAUAACGCAUCUAGACAUGCUAGAGUUCCACUUCUAAAAAAUCAUAUUUAUCAAGUUGUUGGUAGUGCUCUCUCCGAAAAACUCGGGCCUCUCGAACGGACUCUAGAGGACAUUCAAGUCUCUAUAAGUGUCAUUAAUUCCAGUAAUCCAAGAGACAACAAGAGUAAUUCCGUCGCGCGGAGCGAUGCUGAUGACGAAGAUGAGGUUGUCGGGGAUCCAAAGCCUUCCUUCUGUUCCAGGCGUGACAAAAAGCUCGACCAAAUGAAGGCUAUAAUACAAGAGGCACUAGCCACUAGUAAUGUGUUCAAAUACCAGGGUAAUCUCAUAGAUAAAAAUGUAGUCUCGGAAAGUUUACUUCAGGUGUUGGACGAAUUGAAGCACCAGUUUUCUCAAUCUUCUCUCUUCUAUUGUAACAUAGAAGACUUCAAGGAGAUGUUACAGGAAUCAGUACAGCAGAUGAUACCGGUAGUGCAUCAGACCAUGAUCGGCGAUGGUAAAUCUUCUGAUAAUCUUCAGACUAAGAGCACAGUAGCUAAACUUGAAGAAAAACUUCAACUUGUUGAUAGAGAGCAUAAAGCUCGAAUGACUGUGAUGAAAGAUCAGGCCUCUCGAGCUGAGAAUCGACUGGAAGAAGAAAUGCAAAACCGUAGAAUUGCUGAAGAUCAUCUGUCAGAUAUUCAGAGACAACUUCGUAUCUCCUCAGAAGAAGAGCGUCGCCUUCGAACAUUAUUGGAUCAAAGGGAAACAAAAAUACGUGAAAUCCUAGAUGAAAGCGAUUCCAAGGUAAGACUGACAGAAGAAAAAUACAACCAAAGCGUAAUGCGUAUUGCCGCAGUCGAAUCUUCCCAUAACCAAGUCAAGAAAAAUGAAAGUGAUCUCCUAGAUAGACUGCACUUGACUGAAGCAGAUUUAAGUAUCUCACGGCAGGAGACCCAAAGAUGGCAAUUAGAAGCUGAACGUGCGCUAGCAGCAGUCUGCCGCCAAAGCGAGGAUGCGGAAAAAGCUAAUGAGAAAAAUAAAGAGCUUUGUCGUAAAAUCGAGGCCCUUAAGAUUCAGUCGGAGGAAAGUAUCCGUAUCCGCGAGGUUAUGAGAGGGAAAUUAAUAGACUUGCAGGAGGAUAUGGCGCACGUAGCCGGUCAAAUUUCGGACGAAAAUACACGACACACUAAAAAAGAACAAGAGCUAAUUGUCCGACAAGAAGUAUUAGAUGCCCGUCUUCAAGCUGAAGGUCGCACUCGUGAACGACUCGAGACAGAAAUUGAGCGACUGGAACGGGGUGAGCGUGAAGCUUUGCGCGCCGUAAAUGAUUGCAAGAAGAUGGAGAUUUUAGUAGAAGAAUUAAAGGAAAACCUUCACGUGAGCCAAAAAGACGCCAUGCGAUAUCAACGAGAACUUGAGGAUACAAAGGAAACUGGACUUAGUCAAUUAGAGAGAACGAGACAAUAUAUGCAAGCAGAAAUUGAUGCGGCAAAAAGUCAAUCGGAAACCAUGCAGAAAUUGCUUGAGAAUCAGAUGUCAAUCCUACGCGCAGAUAUAGAUCACACUAAGCUGGAGGCUGAUACGGCUCGUGAGAGAAGUGAAAUGCUUAUAGAAGAAGCAGAGAUGACCAAAAAGUCACUAGUCAGUAGCCUAGAAUUAAAAUUGAUUGAAACAGUUGAAGACCUUAAAACACAACAUGAUCGACAACUUCAAAACACGCUCGAAAAUGCGCAACGUCACGAGCAGCACCUUUUGGACCGCUUAUCUCUUUCUUCGGCAAAAACAGAACAUCUUCAGGAUCGCAUCGCACAUCUUGAAGAGAAGCUAGAGAUUGCAAAUACUGCUGCUACUGCUGCCGCAUCUGCAGCGAAAAUUGCUCGCUCCAAAAGUAAUGCGUCUCCACACCCUCAAGCUUCUGUAUGCUCAUCGCAGCCAGUUUCCACCCCAGACACCCAACGUCCCGAAAAAAUAUCCCCUCAGGCUCUCAGAGAGAGCAUUAUAUCCCUACAAGAACAACUUCAAGAGCGAGAGAGCACCAUUGAGUCUCUUACAUCAGUAUUAUCUUCGGUAGACCCCGACGCUGCUGCCAAAAUUUCUAAACGCGAUGAUGAGAUAAUGUGGUUACGUGAACUAUUGGCUGUGCGAAUGUCUGACCUCACAGAUAUAGUACAAAGCUUGGAACAAGAUCAUUGGGAUGUCCAGAGAGUUAAAGAUGCUGCUAUACGACUGAGGACCAAUUUGCAGAUGCAGGAGCAGGAGCUUGAGCGAGCUAUGAAUGGCGGAUCUGCCCUUAAUCUCCCAAAUAUAGCUAGUCUUAUGGACGCCGCUUCACCACGUGUUGCACAAGCCGUGGGUCCAUUAGCAGCUGCCUGGGGAAAUUGGAGGAAGAGCAAGGCUGAGAAAGCACCCUCAAAGAAUAAAAGCAGCACAAUUUCCCUCACAAAAGAUGUUGGCGCUAUAAGCGGGAGCUCGACACCACUCGUUCCUAACCGUCAAGAUCCUCAGUCAUAUCAAAAUCCCACCGCAUUCAGCUCUACCGGCCAACGCUUUACUCCUGCACAACUAGCAAAUCGACCCCGAGUUCCGAUACGAGGAAUGCCUCCAAAGAGAAUCGGAGUAAGCGAUGGACUUAGGAUCAAGAAUGAUUCGGAAAUGUCUAGUCGCUCACUAGAAGCUUCGCCGAUGUUGAAGAAAAGCAGUUAUGACCAGGACGCUACGGAAGAAGAAUUCAGCGACGCUGGGUUCUUUGAUGACGAUGGCAGUGCUGAGUGA